UGUGUAUUUUUGUUUACCACAGUGCUGUUGAUAUCAAGUUCCAAACGAAAUUAUUUCGCAGCAAAUAUUUUCUUUGUGCGAGUAAUUUUUCAAUAGUAUCAGCGUUUCAGCAAAGAAAAACAAACUUUGUGCCAUGGAAAAUUCAUUUCUAAACAUGGCACACGUCUACGGUCGGAGGGCGGAGCACCACGCCAAGCAUCGACGUUUCGACGAGGCCAUCGAUAACCAUCGCAAGGCUGCGUCCUACAUUGAGGAGGCGCUGAAAAUCGCUCCCCAGUCCGCCAUAGUCCGGGAGUCCCUGCAGCUGCAGCGCAAAUACCACACCAAACAGAUCGAGUUCCUUCGGCACAAGAAGCAACAGUACGAGCGGUAUGUGAAAGCCCUGGAGUAUCAACGCAAGCGGAAUCCGGAGUUUUUGGCCAAGCAGCUGGAGAAGAUCGAAAAGUAUAACGAACUGCAGGUGGCAAUCUAUCAGAAUUUGAACGACACGGAAAGCUUACUGGGGUCGAUGGCGGGAAGUGAUGGAUCGGAACGACGGCGGAAUUCCGCCACCGCUGUGGAAGAUCUGAUAUCGUUGAACCAUUCCUUGCAUGUGCUGGUGCACCGGAUGACGCAAAACAUCGACGAAUAUGCCGUGGAAAACGAAACGCUGAAGGAAAAGCUGAGCCUGUUUGAGAGGGAAGCUGGGGGAGAGCGGGUCACAAUGGGUGCGGGUAAGGGUGGACCGGAGAAGGGAAGGGGAGAAAGGCUGUCCGCUUUGGAAACGGGACGAGAUGCUUUGGAGGCGAUUGAAUUUCACCGGGAAGAAAUACCAGCGUUAGCGCCACUGGAGCUGCCCAAGUUCGAUCUGCCGGAGUUUGAAAAUAAUUAGGAAAAAACGAAAGAUACAAAUUAAAUACAUAUUUUUAAUGGCAAUGACUGAAAAAGUUAAAUAGUAAUUACUGUGUUAGUAUCUAAGAAAAUAUCAUAUGAUGGUUUAGAUUAGACUUAUUACAUAUUGUGCGGUUAUAUUUAAGUUAUAAUUUGAGUCACAUAAAUAAAAAUUGAUAUUUACCAUG